AUGACAUACACUGGAGUUGAUGAGCAUGCUGCUCCAUCAUUCGGGUAUCUACUCACAGAAAUUUCAUCAUUGAAAUAUUUAACAUUACAAUAUUUACAAGGUAUUGAUUCAAUAACUUACAUGUCGUCAACGGUGGUCAGUGAAACUAUCGUGAAUUUAACGAUUUGGCUCUCCAAAGUUGAACGUUUGAUACCAUUACUUUAUCGAUUUCAAAAAUUAAGCGUACUCACAAUGUAUAUGUAUCGGAAUGCAGGAAGGCCUACGAAACGAGCGGCGCCACCAUAA